AUGAUGGUCCCCGCCGGGAGGAACAACACCAAGAUGAAGAAUCAGAUCCAGGCCAAGUCGAAGGUGGGUAGAGAGGUGAGCUUCGUUGGUGGUGGUGUUGGUGCUGCUGGUGGCGUCUUUGUACAACCGCACCCAUGUCAUGCCAUGUCUUGUCAGCACCAGCAAUUCGACGCGAUGAGAUGCAACCCAUCGCGGCCGUACAUGAUACCAUCGGAAGGGGUGGUCCAACGGGUGGUCCAACACACCGUGGAGUUUGCAACCAAGCAGCCCUAG